CUUUCUCAUCAUGACUGGCCGUACCAAAGCAACUGCUGAGCCUACUGAGCCUACUAGGCGGUCUUCUCGCAUUUCUGCACAACCGAAAGCAGAAGUGAAGGAACCCGUUCAAAAGGCUACGGCAAAAUCCAAGAAGAGAACAGCUGAUGUGGAUGGAGACAGUCCUGCUGUAAAAAAGAGCAAGGCCGAGGAGGAGGCUGCCGAGGCACCUGAUACUGCGGAAUCCAAUGCGGCUGCUGCCAAACUGGCAACGAUCGAUGUCGGGGAUGCUCUGCCCUCUCUGACGCUCCAGAACGAGAAGGGCGAGGACGUAGAAGUGUCGACGCUGGCAGCGGAGAAAGGGGUGAUCCUGUUCCUUGUGCCCAAGGCUGAUACACCCGGCUGUACCACCCAAGCUUGCGGCUUCCGCGAUAUAUACCCCGACUUCACUGCCCACAACUUUGAUGUCUACUGUUUGAGUGCGGAUAGUGCGUCUGCUCAGACCAAGUGGCAAACAAAGAAAAACCUGCCCUAUCCCUUGCUCUCGGACCCUAAGCGCCAGUUGAUCAGCGCCCUAGGUGCUGGGGAGGGUGGAAAGACCAAGCGUAGCCACUUCGUCUUCGAGAAGGGCGGGAAACUCGUCGAGAAAAGGCUUCCCGUGAAACCUGCUGACAGCCCGAGACUCGCUCUUGAGUACGUGAAGAAUCUCAAUUCUGCUUCUGCCUGAAACCUAUCCAGCGUAUCCUCAUCGUUUUUGUGAUCUGGAUCGUGUGUGUAAUCUGUUGUCUGUACCUUGCUUUGAGUACCAACCAUGUGCAUCUCCGAGUGAAAAUUUACUGUCUUACGUGAAAAA